AUUCGGACAUUGGAGUGGAACCCGACGUGUUGUGAAUCCUGGCUGUCGUAACGUUCGCUGAGGACUUUCCCACCCUUUAUACGCCGUAAACUGUAAGACUGCUGCUACGAUCCUUACCAACGGGUAAGUCAUUCAACGCACGGGGAAGUGCCUCGACACCCUGCUGUCCUGUUUACUCGCUAGGUCAGUGGCUCCUUGGCAAACUGCUAGCCCGCUGCUAACUACUGCUGUCAUUGUGAUGGUGGGGGAAGGGUGCUUUUUUUUGUACAGCAGUGGCAAAUGAACGGAUGGAUUUCUAGAGAUCGGCUGGGGAAACAUUGACAGUUACAUUGUAAAUUAACCGAGGGAAAUCAUGUGAAAUAGCUUUGUGUCAUGUUGUCAUUUGCUAGUGGUGUAGUUAGCUAGCUAGCCAGUUUUAUAUAUAUAUAUAUAUAUAUAUAUAUAUAUAUAUAUAUAUAUAUACUUUUUUGUUGUUGUAAGUGCCUGUCAUUUAGUGGGACAGCAGAGAAACAACUAGCAGCUUCUAGACUGGUUUAAGAGUUGUAACACAGUUGUAUUGCAUAUGAUUGCUCUUCAUUCCCAUCAAUCUUCCCUUUUAUAUUAAUUGAUGUAUCAAACUCAGUUUCUUUGCAUUACUUUUUGACUGAUAUACUGUACCAGUCAAAAGUUUGGAUGCCUACUCAUUCAAGAGUUUCUUUAUUUUGUACUAUUUUCUACAUUGUAGAAUAAUAGAUAAGACAUCUAAACUAUGAAAUAACACAUAUGGAAUCAUGUAGUCAUCAAAAAAGUGUUAAACAAAUCCAAAUAUAUUUGAUAUUCUUCAAAGUAGUCAUGCUUUGCACACUAUUGGCAUUCUCUCAACCAGCUUCACCUGGAAUGCUUUUCCAACAGUCUUGAAAGAGUACCCACAUAUGCUGAGCACUUGUUGGCUGCUUUUCCUUCACUCUGUGGUUCAACUCAUCCCAAACCAUCUCAAUUGGGUUGAGGUCAGGUGAUUGUGGAGUCCAGGUCAUCUGAUGCAGCACUCCAUCACUCUCCUUCUUGGUCAAAUAGCCCUUACACAGCCUGGAGGUGUGUUGGGUCAUUGUCCUGUUGAAAACAAAUGAUAGUCCCAAUAAGCGCAAACCAGAUGGGAUGGCGUAUUGCUGCAGAAUGCUGUGGUAGCCAUGCUGGUUAAGUGUGACUUGAAUUCUAAGUAAAUCAUGACAGCGUCACCAGCAGAGCACCAUCACACCUCCUCCAUGCUUCACGGUGGGAAUCACGCAUGCAAAGAUAAUUCGUUCACUUACUCUGCGUCUCACAAAGACAUUGGAACCAAAAAUCUUAAUUUUGGACUCAUCAGACCAAAGGAUGGAUUUCCACCGGUCUAAUGUCCAUUGCUCGUGUUUCUUGUUCCAAGCAAGUCCCUUCUUAUUAUUGGUGUCCUUUAGUAGUGGUUUCUUUGCAGCAAUUUGACCAUGAAGCCCUGAUUCACCCAUUCUCCUCUGAACAGUCGAUGUUGAGAUGUGUCUGUAACUUGAACUCUGUGAAGCAUUUAUUUGGGCUGCAAUUUCUGAGGCUGGUAACUCUAAUGAACUUAUCCUCAUGAGUGCCAGUUUCAUCAUAGCGCUUGAUGGUUUUUGCGACUGCACUUAAAGAAACUUUCAAAGUUCUUGAAAUGUUCCUGAUUGACUGACCGUGUCUUAAAGUAAUGAUGGACUGUUGUUUCUCUUUGCUUAUUUGAGCUGGUCUUGCCAUAAUAUGGACUUGGUCUUUUACCAAAUAGGGCUAUCUUCUGUAUACCACCUCUACCUUGUCACAACACAACUGAUUGGCUCCAACACAUUAAGAAGGAAAGAAAUUCCACAAAUUAACUUUGAACAAGGCACACCUGUUAAUUGAAAUGCUUUCCAGGUGACUACCUCACAUGAAGCUGGUUGAGAGAAUGCCAAGAGUGUGCAAAGCUGUCAUCAAGGCAAAGGGUGUUGAUUUUGAAGAUUCUCAAAUAUAAAAUAUAUUUUGAUAGUUCAAAACUUUUUUGGGUUACUAGAUUAUUCCAUUAGUUUUUUCAUAGUUUUGAUGUCUUCUCUAUCAUUCUAUAAUGUAGAAAAAUAAAAUAAAAACCCUUGAAUGAGUAGUUGUGUCCAAACUUUUGCCUGGUACUGUAGGUGCUAAUGUUGCAAGUGGAAGCUAGCCUGUUGAGAAUGACCUGGGGUCUGACCUGCUGUUUCUGCAUCAGAUAACGUUACAUUUGCUGCUUUGCUUUAAACAACAAGUUGUCUAAUGGAGAAACUGACUGAUGCAUGCCUGGUCUGCAAAAUUGCACAUUGGCCCACGUUGUUUUAGAAAUCUUUGGUCAGUGGGUCAUAAGAAAAGAAAUGGGUCUGACCACUUUCCAAAACUUUAGGGUCCACUGUUGUCGAGGAUUUCUGUGGGUUACUUUGUGCAAGUUGUGACUCUCCAAUGAUAUGGGCCGGCAUUCUCAGUGGCUAAGACACAGAAUAAGAAUACUAGAAUGGAAAUUAACCUUCUUAUGAUGGGAUAAAGGUCAGCCAUUUUAUUCAGGGAGUUAGUCAACCAUAGUUUGCCAGUGCUGUGAUAAGAUAUUGUGUCAAAUAAUAUAUUUUAAAGGGUGAUUUAUACUGAAAAUGUGCAUAAAACCUGUAUAAACUGUAUUUAUAACUAUAUGACUAUUUUAGCUUGACAAUAAUUAUAUUACGUAAUUUAUGUUAUAAACUGGGUGGUUUGAGCCCUGAAUGCUGAUUGCCUGACAGCCAUGGUAAAUCAGACCUUAUUUCACGAGUACGACAAAACAUUUAUUUUAGCUGCUCUAAUUACAUUGGUAACCAGUUUAUAAUAGUAAUAAGACACCUCGGGGGGUUUGUGAUUUAUAGCCAAUAUACCACGGCUAAGGUCUGUGUCAAGGCACUCCGCGUUGAGCCAUAUACCACACCCCGUUGGGCUUUAUUGCUUUACACCAUGCCCAGAAUGGACGUGCGCCAUCGUGCAGAAAUGUAUUUUGCCCCCCCCCCCACCAAACGCGAUCACGACACGUAGGUUGAAAUAUCAAAACAAACUCUGAACCUAUUAUAUAAAUUUGGUGACAGGUCGAAAGCAUUAAACAUUUUAUGGCAAAUUAGCUUGCUAGAUUACAGUUGCUAGCUAAUUUGCCCUGGGAUAUAAAUGUUGAGUUGUUAUUUUACCUGAAAUGCACAAGGUCCUCUACUCGGACAAUUAUUCCACACAUAAAAUGGUCAAACGAAUUGUUUCUAGUCAUCUCUCCUCCUUCCAGGCUUUUUCUUCUUUGGACUUUAUAUGGCGAUUGGCAUCUAAAUUUCAUAGUAUUUCCAUGACCGACCUAAGUUCAUCUUUCAAUCACCCACGUGGGUAUAACCAAUGAGGAGAUGGCAUGUGGGUGUCUGCUUCUAUAAACCAAUGAGGAGAUGGGAGAGGCAGGACUUGCACCGUGUUCAGCAUCACAAAUAGAACUGACUUCUAUUUUAGCACUUGGCAAUGCAGACACUCGUUGGCGUGGCGAGCAGUGUGGGUGCAAUGAUUGAAUAACGUAUGUAUACAUUUAUUUUGCAAAGCUCGCGCACACGACUCAAGCGGAGUGAUCAGCAUGUAAGUAUAACAUAUGUCUUACUUUUAUUUUCCUGCAUAAGUAAAAUCGGGAUUAUGUCUUUACUGCCAUUCAUUCCAAUUAGACUGGUUUGGAAUUCUCCCUGGCCAAUAUGGGUCAAUUUUUACCCCCAUUCUGGCCAUUCUGGAACAUUGACGGUUAAUGACAUAGCCCCUCUUGUAAUUUAAUAGGAUCUCUAUGGGCUAAGAUUUGUUUGAGAAGCUUCAUAUUUAGUGGAGUGUGACGGCAGGACCUGCCAUAUCCUGCCCCAUCACGUCUUUAAGACUGUGGCUGCACAGUGUUUUGUAACUCAGAACUGGUGAAGAGGAACGUACUCGUGCACUUGUGUGCGUAUGGCAAUAGAUAACACGGCGGGGUCCUAGGGUUCAUUUCUUAUUCUCACUUUCAUUCUCAACCCUUUUUCUAGCUAUUCCACCACAUCCUUCCUUCCUUUCGCUCACUUUCACUCAAAUGAGAACUUACGUGAAAUGAAAUUAGUUCAGUAAAACAGUUAAGAAGCAACUGGCAAGAGAGGGCUACUAGCAAACUGAACUCCCAAGUCCCAUUUCAGCACCUAGCCUACAUGUAAAGCCAACCUCACAUGACCUGUUCUCUCCUCUUCCACCCCUCAGUGUGCGGCCCCAUUGUGGAUCCCCAGCCCCAGAGAGCGGCGGGGAGGAGGCAGAGGGCACAGCGCUAGCAGGGCCAUGAACGUCACCGGGUACCAGCAGCAGCAGGGGGGUUUUCGGACAUGCCGAGGCACACUCAGGGAGAGGGAUCCUAGGCAGGGUGUGGGCAUGGAGACAGCCUGCUGCCUGGCCCCUGGAGCCCUGCGCAGACUGAUUGAGCUGCCGUCUCCCCCGCUCAACCGCCACCAGCUGAAGAGACUGGAGGAACACAGGUACAGCAGUGCAGGUCGCUCCCUGCUGGAGCCUCUGAUGCAGCGCUACUGGGAGUGGCUGGUGGGCCGCGUGCCAGCCUGGAUCGCCCCCAACCUCAUCACCAUCGUGGGCCUGGCCACCAACGUAUUCACCACCCUGGUGCUGGUCUACUACUGCCCCACCGCCACUGAGCAGGCACCUCUGUGGGCAUACCUUCUGUGUGCUGUGGGCCUGUUUGUGUACCAGUCAUUGGAUGCCAUUGACGGGAAGCAGGCCAGACGAACCAAUAGUAGCUCUCCACUGGGCGAACUGUUUGACCACGGCUGUGACUCCCUCUCCACAGUGUUUGUGGUCCUGGGCACCAGUAUAGCAGUGCAGCUGGGCACCAACCCUGACUGGAUGUUCUUCUGCUGUUUCGCUGGCAUGUUCAUGUUCUACUGUGCCCACUGGCAGACCUACGUCUCUGGCACUCUGCGCUUUGGCAUCAUUGAUGUGACUGAGGUGCAAAUCUUCAUUAUAAUCAUGUAUUUGCUGGCCGCUGUGGGAGGAUCCGCUUUCUGGCAGUCACUGAUCCCAGUCAUUAACAUCCAGAUGAAAAUAGUUCCAGCCAUCUGCACUUUCCUAGGCGCCAUCUUUUCCUGUACUAAUUACUUCCGGGUUAUAUUUACCGGAGGUAAGGGCAAAAAUGGAUCCACAAUAGCAGGAACCAGUGUCCUAUCUCCUGUGUUACAUAUAGGCUCAGUAAUAAUACUGGCCAUGAUGAUCUAUAAGAAGUCAGCUAUCCAGUUGUUUGAGAAGCACCCCUGUGUUUAUAUCCUGGCCUUUGGCUUCGUGUCGGCCAAGAUCACCAACAAAUUAGUUGUUGCACAUAUGACAAAGAGUGAGAUGCAUCUCCAUGAUAUAGCAUUCCUGGGGCCAGGCCUGCUGUUCCUGGACCAGUAUUUCAACAGUUUUAUUGAUGAAUACCUGGUGCUGUGGAUUGCGCUGAUCCUGUCUUUCGUUGACUUGGUGCGUUACUGUGUCAGUGUUUGCAACCAGAUCGCCUCCCAUCUUCACAUCUUUGUCUUCCGAAUCAAGCCACUGACCCCCUCCACCCUUCAGUGAGGGCACGGACGCCAUUACUGUCUAUCGCUCUUUCUUUCUCUCUCUCUUCAUGUUAGUUAGUAAGUUGUUGCUCUUUCACCAUUUUUUUGUAUUUGUUGAGGCAGGAUUGGGGUGGAUGUGUGUGGAGCUAUUACCAGUAGAGGUGGUGAAUGUGGGCAUAAAUGAAAUAUAAUGAUUUAAUAAUAAUGAUGAUGAUAAUAAUAAGUUAUUGUCCAUUGCUGCUUUCUGCAAUUUGUUUUGAUUUCAUCUUGUUACAGUAAUCAGAUUCCUGGACAAAAAUAAUGCUUUCUCUUUUUCUGAAAUGAAUAGUCACAUUGGACAUGUACUGAAUGCUCUUCUCUGUGUCACAGAGAGGGUAAGUAAGUGCAAGAAGACGGCAAGGGGCUUGAAAAAGUGCUACCUUAUUCAUUUAAUAAUGAUCAUUAUUAUUUUCUUAUUGAACUUUAAAACAAACAUUUCAUGUGUUGACAGUGUGUUUGUUGGUUAGUUGUUCUCUACAAGGAAAUGUAUAGCAUCGAAAGAGAUUUACACAGGUUGUCAGUCUGCUUUCAGUUUUGUUUCGUAAGAGUGUCGUCUCUUUAUUAAAUGUAUAUAUCAUUUUGCAAUAUUUGCAUAACCUCACUUUUUGCUUUCACAAAUAUCAAACUAUUCGGGUGUUGGUAUUUAGUAGUGUUCUUUAAAAAAAAAAAGUUUUUCCUGACAAUACGGUAUCUUAUCAAACCUACAAAAAUGGUACAUUACCUUGCAAUUACAUUCAAAUGAUGGGAUGAUUUCUGUAAUAUAUUACAGAUAUAAACUACUUGACUAAAAACAAAUUCUUGUAAAGAUACAAAUUGUAUUGCACAUUUGAAAAGAUAAGUGUCUCAAGCCUUGCUUCCCUGAAAUGGCUCAAGCAUACAUUGUCUCCAAUGCCACCAAAAUGACAGUGCUUAUGGCACUACAUGCAGGUUUGCUAGCGCUUGUCUGGAGAUUCUGUAUAUCCAGUUUAAUAUUGCUUUUAAAUAGUUGAAUGUAUAACAUAUAAUUAACAUUUUUAGCAGCAAAGUUUAUUGCUUUUGAAUUGUGUGCCUGUUUAUUAUUGUAUUUUCCUGUCGCACCUCUGCCCCCAGAUACUGUCGUGUUGCAUUUGUCUCGGGAAUGCUCAACGAAAACUAAAUGCCAAGUGUUAUUGAAGAAAAGUAUUGUGAUUUUUGUCCCCCCAAAAAGUAGUGUCAUUCUCAUUGGAAGCUAAAGAUGUUGUCUGCGCUUGCUCAUAUCUAGAAUCUAAGGACAUAUUUUAAUUUUCAUAAAAUUAUUUUGCAAUUUAUUUUUAAAUGACCUUGUAACACCUCUACGAACAACUUUCUUUGUGUAGAGCAUUCUGCCCUGUGCCAGGUCCACUUACAGCAAUUGAUAGUGUUUUGGGAGAAUUGGGGAGUUUCAAUGUGACAGAAAUUAUAUUCUGCUUAUAAUUCACCAUCAGAAUCAAUAGAAACUCUGUCAUAUCAAUGAAAAACAGACGUUAUUUCUGUGUAUUGUUAUUGAGCUCAUUUGACAAUGUGUACUAGUAAUUUUCAGACAAGUAAAAGGUUGCCUUAAACACAAUAUUCUUUUUUUCUUCUUUUGGAAGACAAAGGUCAAGCCUCUUAAACAAAUUAGGGGCAUGUUGUCUCUGUGUGUUUACUGGCAAAGGCUUGUGUUUUCUUCCUUGUUACUGUUUUCUUUUAGCCAGACCGUCAAGCUCAGGUAUAUUAGUGUGCAGAAUAGUAUGUUCAUAGGCUAUGAGAAAAUAACUUCAAGAUCAUUUCGACAAUCUCUCCCUCACCUACCAAUGCAAAUAAAAUGUCAUUCACACA